AUGCAAAGAUAUGGUAAAUCAGGCUCAGAAAUAACACCGAAGAAAGUCAUUAUAUACCUGGGGAUCUCCAUUGACAGUAACCUGACCUACGCCGAGCAUAUCAGGGCAGUAGCCAUCCGAGCAGCAGAAACAACUACAGCUGUAAGCAGGUUGAUGCACAACAAGGCUGGACCGAAGUCUAGCAAGUCUAGAAGUAGUGGCACAAUCUAUUAUGCUAGGCAGAGGGGUGCGACCAAAGCGGAUGCUAGAGCCAGACUGCUGCAAAAAUGGCAAGAUAAAUGGCACAGGUCGGAGAAAGAAGCCUGGACUCGGCGCCUAAUCCCACAAAUAGAGCCUUGGUUAAGCAGAAAGCACGGUGAAAAAACAUUUCACCUGAGCCAGGCGCCGUCUGGUCAUGGAUGCUUUGGUAAGUACCUGCAUUUUAUCGCAAGAAGGAAAACGAAAGGUGCUGGUACUGUGAGGAGCACGAUAGCCCUUAGGUGCUGCAGAUGGGUUGGAAGGAAGCACGAGGCGGAGGCAGCGGCAGAAUUGGGAGUUCUGCUAGAACCAGAAAAUGUUAUCAGUAAAAUGCUGAAGAAUGCGGAGAACUGGGAUAUUUUAGCGGCGUACAUAUCAGAGGUGCUACUAAGCAAAAAAGGAGACAAGCGGAGGCUGCAAAGGGUCUACGAGGAUAGUGUCAGUGGAGGACAGCAUUAA